AUCAGCAGCGCAGCGCAUAAGCUCCGCUCUGUCUUUGUUUCAUCCAGCCGGGCCUAGCCCCGAUACGUCCCGUCCUCCUUAAUGGGAACACUGGAUUGCUACACUCCAUUAAAAUAUCUGGCAAUUUAUGUUUCCUUGAGCAACGUCAAACUUACACAAAUGGCUUAACACAACUUGGACUGUUCUGAACUGUUAUCACCCACUCCCGAAUUCGGCAUACUUUCAAUACACUAAGAAGCACUUAUUGAAGAAAAAAUUUUAAAUUAAAAAAAAAAAAAAAAAACGCCUGUUACGAGCUCUUAGCUAACGUCAACCACAUUAGCGCCGUCGUUGGUAAGUCGAGCAGUGUGAAUCUGUUAUAAGUUGACAUUUUAUCGAAAUAAAGUGCUGUUUACGGGACUAAAAAAAAAUGCCGAAUUGAAGCGUGGGUCGUGUCGAUCAGCCGAAGCUGUUGAAUGAUGUUUUCCGAGUUGUUAUGGAGCAGCCACCAGGGAGCUUCGAUGAACUACAGCCUCAAGACCUCUCCACUUCCAGCAUCCCCACUGUGAUUGACUUGACCAGGAAAGGCGAGGAAUGUGUCCUCAACGCCAACUCGCUCGAGGCCCUACGGAUGGUCAAGAGCCCCAGCUGGUACCCAAACUCUGGGACCAGCAAAACUGGACUACCCUUCUCAGAGACUGCCUCCACAGACAUCCGGCUCCAAUCAGGGGAUCAAAUUCAGCCAGACAAUGCCUUCUCCAACACUACAGUCACCCUCUCCUAUGUGAGCAGGUCUCACGUCUUCUCCACUCAUGACUCUCUAUCUCAGCAUUCACCGCUGUAUGGCGUACCGUCUAUCAGCAAGUUCUCCCUCCAGCCUCCCUGUGACGCAGAGAAAGGGCUCGGGGAGACUGGCUAUGCACUGAGCCAGCACUACUUAGAGCCGGUUGACAGGCCGGUGGACCUUGCCACACAGACAGAACUUUUUCAGUCCUUGUCUCAGACUCAGGUGGGGGAAGAGGACAGUGUGGGAGUAUGUUUAACAGAGCAGCCUUGCAAGUUCAACGGUGGAGUUGCUUCCGGUGAUGGGGAUAUGAAUGAGGCUCAGCAAGGCGGAGUGGAACAUGGUCUUUCAGAAAACAGCAGGGGCUUGGAAAAUGGUCAAGGUGAUAGCUGGUCAGGUUCUGGAGCAUGUGUUGAAUCCUCUCCAGAGACCCUAACUGCUGUCUCAGGGGAGCAUCAGGAUGCGGGUGGCUCUGAGGUGCUUUUUCUCAUCUCUAGAACCCAGGAACCUGUGGUCAUCCCUGACAAUGUGGGUGCUAGAGAUCUGUGUUCACUGAGCAGGGAGUAUAUAAGUCCUCUGGAGGACCCUGUCUCCCCCUCUGCUACCUCACUGGACGACGUGGAGGAUGUGUUCAUCUUGCCUCAGGCUUCCAGCUCGCCCAGCGGAGACAACUCUUUUCUGGAGGCGACUGAUGAUGUUGUGUGGGACAGCCAGAGUGGAGAAGGGCCCACCCAGCCUUCUGACCCAGGUCCAAGGUUUAGCAGCAGUGAUAAUACACCAAGGUUAGAUACCAGCAGUGAACACAACCAGCCAGUCCAUAGACGCAAGGCCGUUCUGGAGCCUAUGAUUGACUUGACAGAUGAUGGUGAUUUUCAUGAUUGUCAUGAUGUUUUAGAAAAGAAACCCAAGACUGUCAUUCCUCAUAUGAACGGGAAUACAAGGGCACUACAGAGGACUUUAAAAAAAAAGAAAUUGCCAGUGCGUUCUGGCAGAGGGACAAGGUUAGAGGCCAUAGUCAUGAACAUCAAUCCCGGCAGGUAUAAAGUGUCAAGAUGCAUCCGCACUAGUAAGAAAGUCAAGGCUUUCCAAACCACAGCCAGUGUUUCUAAAUCAGGCAGUUCGACAAACAGUGACUCGCCGUUGGAAGGAAAAAAAGGAAAGAGGGGCAGGGUGAAAACAUCUAUCUCAGCGAGAAAGAUCAAACAAAAAGCUUCAUCCCCAUUGAAAAGGGGUAAAACUAACAGCAUUAACACUGACAGUUGCAAAGAGUCUACCUCAGAUUCUGAAAUCAUCAAUAAUUCCAAAAACUCACACAACAGCACACCCCCCAAAAAGUCAAGUCCUCCGUCUGCUGUGCACAAGAAGUCAAAGAAAGAGCCCGAGGAUUUUUCACACCCCAAACACUCAACACAGGCUAGCCCCAAGCGUGCUGCUCAUACACAGUCCAAGAAGAAACUUUUGCCAGAGUCAAGUCCUCAGUUUUCUGUACACAAAAAGUCAAAGAAAGACCCAGAGCAUAUUUCUCAUCCUGAUCCCUCACCAGAGAUUCAUGUGGCAAGAAUUUCCCCUCCACCAAAGUCUCCAAAGAAGAGCCCUGCCAAGUGCAAAGGCAAGGCUGCUGGUAGCAAAACAUCUCCCGCUGCAAAGAUGAAGGCGGCUCACCCUCCCAAGAGGAGACGAAAGAAACACAAACCCAGCCAGUCAACCUCCAUGUUCUCCCCCAAAGAGCCUGAGAUCAAGUUGAAGUAUGUUAACUACAAGGAAGAGAAAAGGGACCUGAGGUUGGAUACAUUCUCUCCGUUUAUCCGUGUUGAGCGCAAGCAGUCAUCUCUGUCACUGUGUACUGUAAUCAACUACCCGGAGGAGAUGAAGCCACAGCACAAGAAGGGCCAACAGCAGCAGCAGCAGGCCCACUCUGGAGGCUUCAUAGCUGGAGUUGUACCCAGCACCUCUUGCCUCCAGCUUGGCCGGGCCUCCACCCACAGCCAGCACCAGCGCCCUCUCAUCUGCUGCCUGUGUGGUCAGUCGGCCAACGCCAUGGACUUGGGCGACCUCCAUGGCCCUUACUACCCUGAGGGCUACCAACCCGGUGCCAAAACACCAGCAAGCACGUCAGGAGUCAAAGAAGACGAGGAGGACACCAGCGAUUCUGACUCUUCUUCCUGCAGUGCGGGAGGGCGGAGGAGGAAGUUUGCCCGUCCGAUGGCGCCAUGGCCUCUCAGACCGGCAUCUCAGCUGAAGCAGAAAGAGUUGCUCGGGGGACAUCGGUGGACCAGUGACGGCGACAUUCCCGGCAGCCCUGCAGCCAAGCGGUCCAGGUCGGAUGCCAGUUCAUCGGCUGUGGAGGACUGGUACAGCCCCCCUGUGGUGCCCCUGGAGUCCUGUGAAUACUGGCUCCACGAAGACUGCGGCAUUUGGUCUGCAGGCGUCUUCUUGGUGAAAGGCAAGGUCUACGGGCUGGAAGAGGCUGUGAAGGUGGCCCAGGAGACGAUGUGCUCAGGCUGCCGCAGUCGAGGUGCCACAUUGGGCUGCUUCUUCAAGGGCUGUCCUAACAAGUACCACUACAGAUGUGCUCUGGAGUCGGAUUGUGUGCUCAUUGAGGAAAACUUCUCCAUGAAGUGUAAAAAGCACAAGAACAAGACAUUCAAAGCCCCUCCUGGGAACAGAUGGGAUGACAGGUGACAAAGUGAGCAGAAAUUGCAUGUGACAUUCACCUGCAACAUUCUGCAGGGACUCCCCUGCCUGCCUGGUAACCAUGGCGACCGUGGACCAGGGUUCCCUUGACUGACAGCCAGCACCCGCAAUCAGCACCCGCAAACCUUAACUUCACCCUCUGCUCUUCAGCUGCACUGUUAACCCUCAACACUCCGACUGGGAAGACAUGGGCCGUCCCAGUCAGCGUACCUCCUCCCCUCGGUCCCGUCCAACGGUACUCACCACGGCCACCGGCUUCAAGACACGGCCGCUAACAUCCAGGGGUUUUAAUCCAGGCCUCCAAGCCAAUAACACCGUUGGACCGACGAAAAACACAAACUUGGAUUUCAUUUACAAUAACAUGCUGAAUUUGUGAUUUGUGUUAUCACUUUGUAGUUAUUUAUGAGGAAAACUAUUUUGUGUUUUUGUUUUUUCUCUGAAUUUAAUAUGAAUAACAAUCAAAGAUAUUUAAUUUUAUAAGAAUUUGUAAUUAUAUUUGGUUUAUUUAUUCCUGGAGUUUCUCUUAGGGUUCUUCUUCAGCAGUCGUCAAAGAGGUUUGAUUGUGUGUUUUUAAGUUAUUGAUGAGGUAAUUCAAUGCUGAGAACUAAAGCCAGUCAAGGAAAUGCUGGUUACAUUUGGGGUUGGGACAGAGAUGGGACAGAGAUGGGACAGGUCAGUCUGGAAAUGACCCUCAGUUUCCCCCAUAGAAUACUUCCUGGCCUAGGUACCUGACAAGUCAUUCACAGAUGCCAUCAGACACCGUCACCAGAAGAGAGUUUGAAUUUUUGCAUUAAAUGAAACGCCUGCUUGAUGUUAACACACAUGGCAUUAUGUUUUGUGUCGCAAAGAAGGGGCACACACGGCAAGUCUCCAGUUAAACUUGCACUAAAAAGGUCGGCCCGCGUGAUGGUAGCCAGGAAUGAAGAGAAACAUUAUUUAGGGAACUGAGCAGUGUGUGUUUGAAUGUACUUUCCCCAUGCUAGGGGUUUUGCAGGAAGCACUUUUGAGUGGCACUCACCUUCUGAAAAUGUCUAGUCCUCUGCCCCGGCUGCAGUAUUAUCUUUUUCGCCCGACUGCCCCCAUCGUAUCAUUUGGUGCAGGCAAUCCCAUGUGGUUCAUUUUAAAUUCACCUGCUGAGAGAGCUUGUCAGCUUGAGUCAUCCGCUAGGUGACAUGGCCAUAAUCUCGCUGUCAGGAUCAGACCGUUUCAUGAUUUAUGUUGGCUUGAAGCACUUUGUCCAUCUGCAUGGGGCUUGAAUGUGAAUGUGUAUCCUGUAGACGGCCUGCUUGGUUGUGCACAGCACAUGGGGGGGGAAGUGGAGGGUAGCGGUCUGCACCAACCCAAAAGGAACUCGGAUGUAGGUUUAUUGUGCUCCCUGGUUGGGGAUAAUUGGCUUAGUUUUUCCUGCGAUGGUAUUCAUCACAAGUCCUCUGUUGUGUUUUAGGGAUUUCUCCUCUGUGGCAUUUCAUCACAAUAUUUCACUCAUGGUUUCAAGUUUCGUAAUGUUCGUAUCAACCAACCCUCGUCUGUAUUGCUGACUAAACUUGCCGCAGCUCAUUUACGUUGGUCAUACUUUUCGUCUAUUUACAAGAGCAAGCAUCAUUGCUCACAUCAGAGAUGCAGGACCAUACAGGAUCUUUGUGUUGUUUGACUUCCACAGUGUCACUAAUGUUUAACUAAAGGUGUUGUAGCAGCCAUGGCUCUUUGACAUGGGAAGUCUUUGGUUUACAUCCCCCUGUAUCUUUUAAUUUGAUAGGUACUGACAAAGUUCCCAAGUCGUUGUUUGCUUCUUCUUUUUUUUUUUUUUAAGCUCAGUUCAGUUUGUUUCGGGCCUGAGUAUCGGUGCAUUUCCACCACAAUCUUUUCUAAAUAAAAAAAGAAGAAUCAGCCUUAUCUGCUAGAGGUAUACAAUUUGUUUUUCCUAUACUUAACCAGCUUGUGGUGCAACGACAAAUCAUUGGAUGUACAUUGCCUUCCUUUGGACAUCCUGAUGACUAAAGGCAGCUUGCAUGCACUUUUCUGCUGCAAACUUUGGUGUUAAUAGAAUUGGUCUGGUGGGCCAGCUCCAAACAACCCCUCACCCACCCUCCCUACCAACAGACACACACACCGAAUAUGUGGGACUUUGCGUGAACCAUGUAUGGAGAUUGAAUCCCAGUUUGGUUGUACCUGUAUAAUCAGGUUUGAAGGUGUGGGACUGAAAGCCUGCCUGUUUUUGUUUUGCGUUUUUAGACAAAAGUCAAUGUAACCAGUGUCAGUGGAACAUCUGUAUGUACUUUCUGCAUAGCACCAUUAGGGGCACCGUUGUGCUGUCUGAGCCCAACGUCUGUAACUGUGUGUGUGUGUGAGUGUGUGUGUGAGUGAGAGAGGUCUGUGCAGGCUGGAUCGUAGCCAUGACUGAAUGUUAAGACAUCCACACAGAGGGAACUAACUGCCUCGCCAGCUUACAACAUCUUGCUAAACCCGGCGGGAGACAAAACACCGGAAAGUCUCCUUCAACCCGCGACGCCACAUCCCUUUCAUUUGUGCCAUCUUUUGUGUAUUUUGCAUCAGUUGCAGUGACUGUUUUUGGACCCCCAAUACGGCACAUCACGUGUCACCAAGCCUGAAUUCUCACUGCAAUAUAAUUUUUUUUUUUUUUUUUUUUUUUAAAUUUCAAGCAGUUGUAUGCAUUGUACCAAAUACAGCUUUUGGAAUAUGUUUUAUGAAACGUGUUUAGAUUUUCUAAUAUUUUUGUCCGUGUCUAAAUCUCAGGGCUGAAUCUCAGAUAUUCUAAUAAUUUGAAUUUUAUUUUAGGAUUUCUGUUUCUUGCUUCUUUUUUUUUUUUGUUUGUUUGUUUUGUUUUGGGCUCAUUCUAUUCAUCACACAUUGACUGGAGCAAUGAUACAUGUAGCAGGAUAUUGUUGUUAUUAUUAUCUCAGCAGAUGCAUAGCCUUCUCUACUGGUACAUGCUACCCAUCACAUUCCAAUGCCUCCUCCAUGUGUCUGUCAGUGCUGUGGUGGUUUUAGGUUUAACACGGGAUUAGGACUGCCAGCUCCUACGUUGUCAUUUUUCAUCGCCUUUUUUAUUUUACGGCAACAUUUUGUACUGUGUGUUCAACCUCUUGGAGAGCCAGGGGUCAUGUAAUUGUCAAAAAUAAAUAUUUUGUUCAGCGUUGUCUUUUUCUGCAAA